AAUGACACUAAUAAGGACGCUUAGUAAAUGCCCAUUCCACGUUAGCAGCAGUACCUUCUAGCGCAGAUUGCGGCGGACACAUUUACACGCGUACCAAGCCAAGAUUGUCGGUUGUCGGUUGUACAUAGCACCCGUACCUCGUCGGCCCACGCGCGGGCCAACCAUCGCGUCGACACCAUUUUCGGCUGCUCCUAGAUUCGCCGUGCCCUAUCACUCCUAGUUUCCGGCUUCCCAUUUGACGGAGCUCGUCUCGUGCCAGGCCCCAGUUCUUGCCGAGGAUUGUCCCACACCCCUGUCAUUUUUUAGAAUUGUCAAUAUAUCGUUCCGGGCCCCAGUCCUUACCGCGAACGAUGUUGUUCCACGCGGCGGGCGCGGAGGGCAGCCGGCCGACGUUCUUCGAGAUGGCGGCCGCCGACUACCUCCCCGCCUCGCUAAAGGCCGCCGCGUUAUACGCGCUAGGGGUGCUGGCGCAGCACCGCCCGUCGCUGCACCGCGUGCUGGACUACAGCGACGAGCUCACCGCUGCUGCGCUGCUGCUGCUCGAGUGGCACUCGUUAAAGACACAUGGAGCGUCGUUCGGCGAGUCCAUGUACGGCCUUCGCCGCAUCUCCACCGUUCCCCGUCGCCCUCCUCCGAGCCAAGCAGCAGCGAGAGCAGGGGGAGCAGCAAGGGGUGCAGCAGGAGGUGCGGAGGGGGCAGGCAGAGGAGAGGGGGCGGCAGGGGGGCAGGAGGGGGGGCUGUAUCACAGGGCAUGUCUGGCAAGCAACGAGCGCUUUCCCUGCUCUUUCUGGUGCUUCUGCCCUACAUCCGCACGAAGCUGCACACCCUGUUUGCUGCGCGGCAAAGGCAGAGACAAGCACGGGCGCUCUGGGGCGGGUGAGGAUGCGGAUCCUGGGCAAGCGGAUGGGCACAUGGAUGAGUAUGGUGGGGUCAGUGGUGGUGUGGGGCGUGGCAACAGUGACAUCAGUCCUAGCAGCUUGGAUUCGGCUGGUUCCGUGGGUGACGGGAUGAGGGGUGGUGGAUUUAGGGGUGAUGGGCUCAGUAGGGGGGAGACUGAGGGGCAGACAGGCGGGCAGGGAGGUUGGGUGGUGACAGGAGGUGCUGCUGCCAGGGGCAGUGUGGUAAGCAGGCAUGGUGGGGGGAGCAGCAGUAGGAGGUGGCGGCAGGUGCUGCGAUUGCUGCGGUCCGUGCAGCGAAGGGUUGUGCAAGGGGCGGCUGCUGCUUACCCCUGGCUGCAGGCGCCGUAUGAAGGCCUGAAUCUGCUGUACCAGCUGCUCUAUGUGAUGGACGCCACGCCGUACUACUCGCCCAUUCUGCACCUCCUCUCGCUCUCACUGCGCCGAGCCACGCCGCAAGAGCUGGCGGAGGCCUCUUCCUCCGUGUCGGUGCGCCGCCAGCGAGAGUUCGAGCUCCUGCCGGGCCCACCUGCGCUGAGGGCCAUGCAAGCAGCGCUCCUUAAAGCCCUGUAUUUCGCCAUGGACUAUGCCCAAACGUCCGUCAUCGCUGCUGUCUUCGCCUUCAAGAUGGCCGAGUGGUGGUUUCAAACGGGCGAGCAGAAGCUCAGCGCGCCAACCGUGGCCCCUGCAGGCAUCCCUGUGCCGGCUGACCGCUCCUUGUGUCCUCUCUGCCUGUGCCGUCGCACCAACCCCACCGCCCCUGCCACCUCCGGCUUCAUAUUCUGCUACCCCUGCAUCUUUGCCUAUGUGGACAAGUUCGGUCGCUGUCCAAUCACCCACCAUCCCACAAAUGUGGACCAACUGAGGCGCCUCUUCCCAGAUGCAUAGUGUCUGGUAUUAGUGGAAUGUUACCAAGUUUGUGGUGGCCUCGUACUGCACCUGACUCGUAACGUAACGGUUGAGACAAUCUGGAAUGCUGUUUGCUCAAGUGUGCCUUAAAUACGCACGGUGUUUGCCUACUGAUUCAGCCGUGUUAAGAUCAUCAAAAUGAAGACCUCUUGCAGGAUGUAUGGGAAGCAGCUAUGGGGAAGACUGUAGAAGUAAUAAUCCCCUUAGUAGAGGAUUACCCAACGGGCUAUAGUAUUUUGAAAGGUGGUGCAGUAGACUAAGUAUAGAAUCUGCAACCACAAGCGGAGGCCUCUUCCUCCGUGUCGGUGCGCCGCCAGCGAGAGUUCGAGCUCCUGC